CCCAAAAAUUAUUGUAGCUGCUUCAAUUAUCUGUAGGCUCAUGGAUGACAUUGUUGGAAGUGAGUUUGAGCAAAAAAGAGGACACGUUGCCUCAAGCCUAGAAUGUUAUAUGAAGCAACACAAUGCAUCAAGGCAAGAUGCCAUUGAAGAACUACUUAAGGAGGUUGAGAAAGCUUGGAAGGACAUUAAUGAGGCAUGCCUUAAUCCUACCCAAGUACCAAUGAGUUUUCUUCUACGUGUUGUCAACCUUGCGCGGGUGAUGGAUGUGCUUUACAAAGAAGAAGAUAGUUAUACAAAUGCGGGGGGAUUAAUGAAAGAUUACAUCAAAGCUAUACUAGUUGACAAGAUAUAAGCUAGAAGCU